CUUUUGGCCCGUCCAGACGCCAUUCGUCUCUUUCUCCCCUUACCGUUCCGCGGGUUCUAAACCCUAACCCUAGAGCCUGGGAACGAAGGGUCGCUCUCGUCAUCCUCGGAGGCCCAGGCCAUGGCGGAGCCGCGCAAGAGGUGCUUCUACGAGGUCCUCGGCUUGAGCCGCGACGCCUCCCAGGAGGAGAUCCGCUCCGCCUACAAGCGCCUCGCUCUCCAGCUUCACCCCGACAAGAGAGCAAUUGCGGAUAUUGGCCAAGAGGAGGAUUCUGCGGUGGUGCGGAGAAAUUUAGAGGAGGAUUUUGCGGCGGUGCGGAGAAAUUUGAAGGCGUCGCUGGUUGGGAAUGGAGGGUUUAGGGCCAGCGACAGAUUUAACAUUAACUCUCAGCUUGAGCAUCUGCAAGCCAAGUAUGUUGGAACAGGGCAUGCGGACUUGUCUAGAUUUGAAUGGGCAGUAAACAUUCAGCGGGACAGCUAUGCAUCCUAUAUUGGUCACUAUCCCAUGUUAGCAUACUUUGCUAUAGCGGCAAAUGAAUCAAUUGGGCGAGAGUGCUACAAUUUCAUGCAGAAAAUGUUGUUGCCGUGUGGUCUUCCUCCACAGCGGGAUGAAGAUUGAGGUGCUCGUAGUUUCGAUUUCAAGCUUGUCCGUGUCGGUCCUCUUCCUGUAGUCGGUGCUUCCCAUUGCAAAGAAAGUGAAGAGCAAAAAGAUUGCCUAUCAGCCACUUGAUGAUCUUUUCUUUCUUCUUCUACAUUUUUUCUUUCAGUGGUGUUAUUGAGAGGAUUGCCGCGAGCGUGCGUUCUAAACUUACACAACAUGUUUAUUUUUUCUUUGUGGCAAGAAUGUGUUAAGCUACUUAUCUAAAGCAGAACAGUAUGAGAAACAUCAACUCGAGGUCCUCGAGGCGCAUACUAUUAUUGAUAUUAAAACUAAAUUUGAUCUGAUAGAAGGAGAGUUUGAUGGAAAUUUAUAUUUCAA